AUGAUCCACAGGGAGAUGCUGAAGACCAGCAGCACGGUGCCGGGGCAGAUGGUCAUGAGAGUCUUCAUGACGAAGCGUGUGUUGAAGUUGAUUUUGUUGAGCGCCCCGAUGCUGCGUGACGAGGCGUCAGUGAAGAGCUUGCUGUGCAGCAGCAUGACCCGGGCAAUCAGGUACAGGCGGAGGAACAUGGGGAUGGAGAGGAUGAUGUCGACAUCGGCCUCUGCCCGCGAGGCAGCUGCCCCCAUGAAGCCCCAGGACUCCCGUUCUAAUCUUACCGCUGACACCAACCCCCUGCUAAUGCUUUCUCAGGCGGCAAUGCCGCAGGAAUCAUCCCCGGCCCCCGGCCCCGCCCACCUUGGAGUAGAGCCCCCAGGAGAGCUCGGUCUCGAUCACCAUGACGACGAUGCCAAACAUGCCGAAGAUGAGCGCGUAGUCGCUGAGGCGUUUGCGCUUCUCGAAGAGCGCGCGCCGGUGCCCGAGCCGAUGCACCCUGGAGACUGCUUCAGAUGGAGAGAGCACCCCCUGCUGAAUCUCCGGCCCCGUUCUCUCCAGCAGUGCAGGCUGGGUGUGAGUUGGGCCUGUCCUGCUCGGUUUGGAGAGCUGAGGGGAGAUCACAGCCUGAGUCGACAUGGCUGCUGUACUUCAGAAAUAAGCUUGCUCUGGCCUCACGCUGUUGGUACCAGGAAAUCUGCCUCUCUCACCUGGAGCCAGUCACGUGCAGUGGCGCUGCUGGACGGCUGGUGUGUUUUCUACGUGCGUCUCACGGGUGAUAUCAGGUUAAGCUCCUGAUUCAGGCCCCGAUUUGCAGGCUUUUAGGAACAUGCCUGGCUGUCUGCGCUGAGGUCAGCAGAGUGCUGGCGUGCAUGAAGUGCAGCUCAUGUGCUCGUAUCUGCAGGAUCAAGCCCUCUCUUUACUGCCCGAGUGCUGUUUGCCUCUGGCACUGCAUGUGCCAUGGGCAGUGAGCCGGGACCCAGUAGCCAAUCUCACUCUUGCUUCCAGUCCACCUCUCUCCUGCCUGCUCCGCACCGAGCCCCGUGCUGCCAGCACAGCAGGGGGAUCACCGCAAACAGAGAGCCGUUUCCACUGGGUUCACAAAAUCCCACAGCUGUGGCAGCCUCCCACUCUGGGAUGGGGCACAUGCCUCCCCAGCAGCACUGUACGGCCUCAGGGUGCUGAAUGCAAAGAGCCCCGGCUGAUGCUUCCAUAAAGGUGCGAGUUAAAGGGUUGCCAUGGACACGGCCUCCUGCUGCUCUCACUCACUCGUGGGGACUCAGCCG